ACUUGGAAAUUUCCAAGAUGGUCGACGAUCAAAACACACCGACGUUGCGUUGUUUUGAGAAUCGCAUUAAUUUGCUCAUUUAUAGCUUCAAAAUUGGAUACAACUUGCAGUUGAGGAAGGCAGAACCUGUUGUGGACUUUUAGGAUAUAUCUGGGUUUCCUUUAUUGAAUUCGGGCACGUGGUACCUUGACCAGGAUUAUUUUCGUCACUUGAACAAGAAUCGUGUGGGCUGAGGGCACGGCUGGCCGCUAGGUGCUACACAAAUGUCUGAGCACAACACAUCAUGAUGCCCAAGGCUCUCCUGGUCGCCCUUCUGAUUGGCGUUGCCAUGGCAACUCUCGACCUUGAUGUCCCGGAUGUGGAGCUAGAACAGGCUGUCGCGGUGAGUCCUGAUCUCAAAGCAGAUAAGCGAGGGCAGGUGACGGUGGAAAUCAGCGAUGGCAUUACAGACAAAUCCGCGGUGCCGGCUUCAAUGUGCCUGCCUUGCAGCAAAGAAAGCGAUUGCGAAGCAGAUGUAACCUUCUGUAAUGACGGCCGAUGCGAAGAUUUUAGCCACGACUGUACCUGUGAGGGAGACCACUGUAAGGUGACGGACAUGUGGGAGAAGUAGACCAGAGCCGCGGCAACAGUCGAGGUCCGCACACGGCGGUCUGGUUAUGCCUGGCACGAAGAUAUAUCAUAAUCAUACAAAAUCAUUUACUGAUUUGAAUAAAGAUUUCGUGCAGGAGA